AUGAUCGUAUCGAUUCGUCUCAGCUUGCUAUUGAUCCUGAUUCUAGCUAUACUCGUUAGUCAAACGAACGGUUUCCUGUUUGGCCAGUGGUGUUUAGGUGCGCAUCAAGAAUAUUUAAGAUGUGGUUCCGCCUGUCCACUUUCAUGUGCUGAUGUUCGAUAUGCAAGAUAUUUUAAACCAUGCACGUAUCAAUGUGUUCAAGGCUGUUUCUGUAAACGUGGUUAUGCGCGUCGUACUCAUUCGAAAAGUCAGUGCAUCCCUGACUGGCGUUGUUAA